AUGGUUCGGAAGGUGUGGCACGGAACUCAAGAAGGUUCGGCAUCCGAAAUGCGAAAUCUCAGUCAGCCUAGUGAUGUGCGUAAAGGCUCGGUAUGUCUAAUACGAAACCCGACAUGGUUUCUUAAUCUGCUUCAUAUUAAUACACCCACACCCACACCCAAAUUUCAAAUUAAUUGGAUUACUUAUUGUAUUUUAAAAUUAUUGUUUCAAUGGAGUGAUGAAGAAGGCAUUGAAGUUCCAUAUUCUUUAUACGAUAAAAACGAAGCGAAUGCCUUUUUUGAUCGACAUAAACGCCAACUUUAUUCAGCAUUUGUCAAAUAUUGGUCGAGUCAUGCAAUGCACAAAUCUUCAAACUGCAAUAUUGGUUGCACUGAUAUAUUGAUAGUUGAUGGACAUAAAAAAACUGCUCGAACAACGUGUAAAUUCAACAAUUGCGAUGACAACACUAUUGAAGAGCUCGGAUCAGUACUUGUUGGAUGUCCGAAGUCGGUUUCUAAACACCCAAAAAUUAAUUCGAAUGCUCUUUGCGAAAAGCACUUCGAAUUAGUUGCGAAUCAUGGUGCCCAUGUGAUGGAAUUCGAUGUAGCAGAUGAUGUAACAGAAGAAACGUGUAAUGUCAAACGAAAUGAGUUAGGUGAUAAUCAAACUCGAUCAACAGCUUAUGGAUUUUUGGCUUCAUUUUACUCGUGUGGUAUCGUAGCUGGUUUUGAUGAAUCAAUACCAUCCGAAUCGCCGCGUCGUGUUUUAAGACAUUUAAUUAGAAUCGCACGAAUCAGCAAACCUCCGUUGGGAAUUAUAUACGAUAAUGCGUGUUCGAUAAAACUAUAUAUUGGAGCACGAUAUGGAACAGAGUAUUUUAAAUCUACUUCGAUUAGUGACCAUUUGUUUCACAAUGUUCACUUCGUACUCGAUUCUUUCCAUCAACGAAAUCACAUUCCACACAUGUGCAAAAAUGAAAUGCGAUCAGAUCAUCCGUCUCAUAAGAAUAUGUUUGAUUAUAUUAAUAUUAUUCGUACCCAAAAAGUUACCUAA